GAAAAAUUUGAGUCUUCAAAACAAUCACUGGUGAUUUAUAUACAUUACGUUCUUAAAGAUAACCAACAUACGGAUAUAUUAUUUAUUUUAAAAAGAAAACAUUUUUUAUUGAAAUUAUGCGAAUACGACAACCACGAUUCGAUAGUCCAGUUCAAUCACCAACAACAACUAAUGAAAUGAGAAAACACCUGAUCAAUCCAUCAUCACAAGGAUCUUCCUAUAAAAUCAACGAUUCACAACAAUGUAAAUCAAGACAAAAUUCGCCUCGUUGUUUAUCUUCAACCGAUGGUUAUGUGUCAUCGAUUUCCGGCACGUCCGAGGCAUGUGAAGAUCCAACCAAUACAUAUCUUAAUCCGGAUUUCAAUGAUUCACAAUUAACAACAAAAAAAAAAAUUCCACCUUAGCUGACAAAAUGUCACACUUCAUGCGAACGGAUUUAAUAAUAUCCUAACACGUGACUGACUGACUACAAGCUGGGAAACAUACACACCACAACUACUGACAAGAGUAAUGUGAAUAUGAACAUUGAUAAUUGUGAUUCAACUGGUCCAAGUCCUUUGGCUAUGCUAGCGCGCACCUGUCAAAAUAUUGGCAACAUUAUGGAUGGUAGUGUUGCUUCCGGUCGAUUUUUAUCGCCUAUGUCAAAUGCUAUACGUAGUAAACAAACCACUGGUUAUUCAAUUCCUGUGACAAAUGGUGGAAAAAUUCUCAAUAACGCCAACAACAGUCACAAUAAUAAUAAUAGUAAUAAUAAUAAUAAUACCAACUGUAUUACCAAAUUAACUAAAUCGAAGGCAAUGAAUUUAAAUGAAAUAAUACCAUCGUCUUUUAAUAAACGGAAUAUCACUUCAAAAUAUUUAGCGUCAAAUGACACAUCCAAGAUGAACUAUGCCAAUAGUGUUGGAGCAGCGGCGGUAGCAGCAGCAGGAGCAGGAGAUAUUGAUCAAAUUAGUUCUGCAUUCAAUACUACAACUCGUCAUACUACUACUACUACUACAACUAAUAAUAUUGGCAACAACAACAAUGACUCAGUAGUCAGUUCAUUGACAUUCAAUCCUAAUUAUCCUUUGCGACAAGCAUCACCUCAAUCGAAUUUAUUUUCACCGAUUAAUUCGGUGAAAACUGAAUCCAACUCCUCAAUGGUGAAUAAUCAUUUUCUCAAAUCCACUGAUCUACAACAACAGACCACAUCGAAUGCACUUGCUCAGCUAGCUCGUUUAUCUUCUAGUUUUUCAUUGCCUGAAACACCGAAAUUAAAUUUUACAAAUUUAAAACAUGCAAACAAUGUAACAGAGCAUAGGAAUGCAUGGAAUGAUAUUAGAAAUACUACUAACAAUACUACUAAUAAUACUACUGCUAAUAAUAAUAAUAAUAAUAGCAAUAAUCAUAUACACCAUGAUUCGAAUUCAUUUAAACGAGUCAAACGACGCGCCAAUUCAAAUUCCAAAUAUUCUAAUACCUCCUCUGAUGAGUAUAGUUCACCGCCAUUGGCUAAAAUCUCUAUAAAAGAUAAUAAUUAUUCAUUUCUAAUGAAUUCAACUAAUAAUCAUAAUUACACAACUAAUCGUGAUUCUAAUUGUUUUCCACAUUACAAUGAACUGAAUACAAGCAGUAAUAAUAAUAAUAAUAGUAAUAAUAAUCAUAAUAAUAAUAUUAAUAUUUCACCGAAUAUGACAGCCAAUCAUCGUACACAAUCACCUAAUUUUAAUUAUUACAAUGAACAAUUGUUUGGCAAUAAAGAAGAAGACACUGUAAAUAUCAUGAUGAAUAGUAAAGAUACACAAGAGAAAUUCUCUUAUCAACUAGCUCGUAGUUUUUUAGAUUUUUUCUAUGGAAAAUUAGCUAAUUCAAUGAAUUCUGAAUUGAAUAUUUGUUCUAAUGCUCCUCCUCCUACUACUAAUACUAAUACUACUACUAAUACUACAACUAGUACUAUCAAUACUACUAACAAUAAUAAUAGUAAUAAUAAUAAUGAUAAUAACACAUUCAAAGAGAAUCAUCAUGAAUCAAUUCAUCCUUCAUGUUUAACUAGUGACAGAAGAACAUUGGAAUGGUUAGUUAAUACAAAUUUAAUGCAUCGACCACCAACCAAUGAACAUAUAAAUCCUACUACAACUAAUCAUACUCAAUCCGUGUCGACAACAUCACCGAAUACAUUUCCUUGUUUAUUAUGUGGACAAAUAUUUCAUGGUCAUACAGAAUUAUGCAUGCAUGUAUAUACACAUUUACUGAGUUUUAAUUUACAUGAAUCAGGCAAAAAACCAACUCAAAUGGAAGAUGCUUUACGAUUUCUACAGUAUGAAACGAAUGCAGCGCAGAAUCAUUACCGGUCGUCGAAUGGUUUGUUAACUGAGCCUAAAUUGGAUAAUUCAUUUAUGCCGUUCUUCUUGCCACCUCCAUCACAACUACCUCGAUCCGGUUUAACAGCAACUACAACAACAAUACCGGCCUCAUUGACAACCACUAACACCACAACAACAACUCAUAUGCCAACUCUUAACAAUUAUAACAAUUUCUCAUCUCGUCCAAUCACUGACAUAAAUCAUCCAACAGCUCCUUCCGAAUCGAUGUAUUUAUUUCAAUCGUAUUUAUCACAAUGGCUUCGAAGUUUUUCCAGUCCUCAUUCAAAUUACCAAUUGAAUAAUAAUGAUACAAUCAAUCAUAAUCCUUUACCGAAUUCCUCAUGGCUAUCAUCCGAUAUGCUAACAAUGCAUAAAUCAACUGAUUAUAAGAAUUGGCAAAAUGUUUUAACUGCAGCUUAUUUAUAUUCAUUGAAAGAAUCUACAAACACAGGGACAGUCGGACCGUUACCUUGGUCGACGACGCCACAUCCAGCUGCGUUGUCAUCUAUUCCUUUGCAGAAUCCAAUGCAUAGAAAUGAGAAUUCCAAUUAUUAUGAUAUGUUUUUGGCGCAAAGCCUUUCGUAAGCACCGACAUCAUUCUUGUAUGGUGAACAAGGUUUAAACACUGCCCUGAAUAUAUAUAUACAUACAUACAUACACGUACUUACCUUUUUUGAUUCGUUCACUUCAAAAUUUUCGCUUGUUUUAAUUGAUUUUAGUUCUGUUUUUGUUUUGUUUUGUUUUUUGUCUUUUUUUCCGAAUUUCUCUACUCACUCUAUCACCAGUGAUAACAAUGAAACAAAUGAUCAAUUGUCCAUUGAACACACGGUUCAAUAAUCAAUAUCCAUACGUAGAAAAUCUGUGAUUUCGUUCCGGGGAACGUGUUGUAUUUAGAUACAUUUGAGAUAGAUAAAACUGUGAAUUAUAUAAAUAAAUAUAUAUAAAUAUAUAUACAUAUAUAUAUAUAUAAAUACAUAUAUUUAUCAUUGAUUAAUCUUACAUACUAAUGUAUACACACGCUUCUUUUUUUCCAAUUU